AAACUGAAGCGGACGCUCGAGACGCCAGCGUCAACGUCCCAAAGGGAGGAGGGCGAAGACUCCAUCCGCCAUGUUGGAUACCGCAGAUUCGCCAUAACCUCCCCAGCUCUUUUUAAAAAAAAAAUAAAAUUAGAAAACAAGUCGCCAGCGGAGAGUCCAGCCUUCCCAGUCUGCACGGAAGGGACCUGACGCUAUUUUUUUUUCCUCCGAAGGGGCGUUGCCAUGGAGACGCAGGCAGCCGAACAACAUUCCAUCUUUAUGUGUAAAUUUUGUAACUUAUUCUCACCAAGUCAGUCGGAACUACUUUCACAUGCAUCUGAAAAGCACAAAGAAGAAGGGGUUAAUAUUGAUGAUAUCAUCAUUCCACUCAGGCCACUUACUACUACUGAACCUACCAAUCAGCACAAAAGUGGAGAAGAGCUUUUGGUAGUGAAGAGAAAGCGGGGAAGACCGAAAGGCUCAACUAAGAAGCUCUGCACUGAUGAGGAAUCAACUGAAAGUAAUAACUGUAGUCCAAAUGAAGAAAAUCAGCUGGCUUCCCCUGAAGGAAACAGCCUUCCUGAAGUUACUGAAGUGGUGCCUGGCAACUUGGAAUGCAGUAAAUGUUGUCGGAAAUUCUCCAACACUCGUCAGCUGAGAAAACACAUCUGUAUUAUUGUGUUGAAUAUAGAAGAGGAAGGUGAGCCAGGUAAUGAUUCUGAAGUAGAACUUGACAGGAAGGAGAAAGAAGACGAGCGAGAAAAGGUACCUAAAAGAUCACGGACACAGAAGACGGAGAAAGUCCAAAAAAUCUCAUCAGGAAAGGAGACAGUACAGUUUUCAGGAGCAAAAAAGCCCAUUAUAAGUGUGGUUUUGACAGCACAUGAAGCCAUUCCAGGUGCCACUAAGAUUGUCCCAGUUGAAGCAGGGCCCCCAGAAACAGAAGCAGCCAAUACCAAGGCCACCAUCCCUGAUCUAGCUCACCGGAGAGGGUACCAGGAAUAUGCCAUUCAACAAACACCAUAUGAGCAGCCAAUGAAAUCAAGCAGGUUAGGUCCCACUCAGCUUAAAAUUUUCACUUGUGAAUACUGCAACAAAGUGUUCAAAUUUAAGCACUCCCUCCAGGCCCAUUUGAGAAUCCACACCAAUGAAAAGCCUUAUAAGUGUUCCCACUGUAGCUAUGCCAGUGCCAUCAAAGCCAACCUCAAUGUCCACUUGCGGAAACACACAGGGGAGAAGUUCAGUUGUGAUUACUGUGUGUUCACCUGCCUGAGCAAGGGUCACCUCAAAGUUCACAUUGAACGCGUCCACAAGAAGAUCAAGCAGCACUGCCGCUUCUGCAAGAAGAAGUACUCAGACGUUAAAAACCUCAUCAAGCACAUCAGAGACACGCACGACCUGCAGGACAAGAAAGUGAAAGAUGCCUUUGACGAACUCCGCCUCAUGACCCGCGAAGGCAAGAGACAGCUCCUCUAUGACUGUCACAUCUGUGAGCGCAAGUUCAAGAAUGAACUGGACCGGGACCGACACAUGCUGGUUCAUGGGGACGAGUGGCCCUUCUCCUGUGAGCUCUGUGGCCAUGGGGCCACCAAGUACCAGGCCCUUGAGCUCCAUGUCAGGAAGCAUCCCUUUGUGUAUGUCUGUUCGGUCUGCCUGAAGAAGUUUGUUAGCUCCAUACGGCUCCGCUCCCAUAUAAGAGAGGUACAUGCAAGCUUACAGGAGACUGUGGUUUUUAGUGACUCCAUCAAUCAGAGUUUCUGUCUUCUAGAACCUGGUGGUGACAUACAGCAAGAAACUGUUGGAGAUCAGCUGCCUCUGGCGGGAGGUGAAUUUGUGUUCCAGGCUGUGGAUGCACAAAAGGAAGCCACCAGCUCCAGGGAAGCAAACCAGGAAAAUGGAAGCAGGCAUAUCAGCCAUGUAGAAAUCUCUACCACUUCUUCCUUGGACUUGGAGAUCCCUCAGGGAGCAAAUGUAACUGUGCCAUCAUGUGAACUGGCAACUGAUGUAGCAACCUCUGAGCUCCAUUCACAUGUGGUUUCAGAGGAUUUCCUACUGAAAAAUAAUACCUCUGCUCCUGCUGAGACUCAGGUGCCUUCUAAAAAUGACCUGCAAGGCCAGCCUGGAGACUCAGCUAAUACUAUUCAGGGUGAAGAAAUGACACUACUGUUGCCCACAGAAAAAAAUUCUGAGCCAAAUCAGGAGAAUACCAAUAAUGAGAGCCCUGUGGCUGAAGGAGAAAAUACAGUUGCCCUUUCCCUCGCUGAACUGGAAGCAAGAAAGUCCUCUACCCCAAACCCAGCCCAAGCCACAGAGCUGCUUCCUUCAGCUGCCACUGAUGGUGAUGUGCAUAUCAGUCCGCAGCCUGAGUCUUGUACUACUCCAUCUUCAGAGCAUCAGACUAGAACUGCUGCAUUCAUGCAGGUCUUGGACAACCUACAAAAGAGACAGAUGAAUACCAGCAUGUGUGAGAGGAUCCGCAAGGUCUAUGGGGAUCUGGAGUGUGAAUAUUGUGGCAAACUUUUUUGGUAUCAGGUACAUUUUGAUAUGCAUGUCCGCACCCACACUCGAGAACAUCUGUAUUAUUGCUCCCAGUGUAACUAUUCUUCUAUCACCAAAAACUGCCUUAAACGCCAUGUAAUUCAGAAACACAGCAACAUCUUGCUGAAGUGUCCCACUGAAGGCUGUGACUAUUCAACUCCAGAUAAGUAUAAACUACAGGCGCAUCUUAAAGUUCACACUGAGCUGGACAAAAGGAGUUAUUCUUGCCCAGUGUGCCAAAAGUCAUUUUCAGAAGAUAGGUUGAUAAAAUCACACAUCAAGACAAACCAUCCUGAGGUCUCCAUGAGUACCAUCUCUGAGAUUCUUGGCAGGAGGGUUCAACUGAAAGGGCUAAUUGGAAAGAGAGCUGUAAAGUGUCCAUAUUGUGACUUUUAUUUUAUGAAGAAUGGAUCAGAUCUUCAACGUCAUAUCUGGGCUCAUGAAGGUGUGAAACCAUUCAAAUGUUCACUAUGUGAGUAUGCCACUCGCAGCAAGAGUAACCUAAAGGCUCAUAUGAACAGGCACAGCACUGAGAAGACACAUCUGUGUGAUAUGUGUGGCAAGAAAUUCAAGUCAAAAGGCACACUGAAAAGCCAUAAGCUCCUGCACACUGCUGAUGGUAAACAGUUUAAGUGCACGGUGUGUGACUACACAGCUGCUCAGAAGCCACAGCUCCUACGCCACAUGGAACAGCAUGCCUCCUUUAAGCCUUUCCGUUGUGCACACUGUCAUUAUUCUUGCAAUAUAUCCGGUUCUCUGAAGAGACAUUACAAUAGGAAGCAUCCCAAUGAAGACUAUGUCAAUGUAGGAACUGGAGAACUUGCUGCCGAUGCCCUGAUCCAGCAAGGUGGCAUCAAGUGUCCAGUUUGCAGCUUUGUUUAUGGUACUAAAUGGGAAUUCAACAGGCAUUUGAAGAAUAAACAUGGAUUGAAAUUAGUAGAAAGUGAUGGUGACACUAAAUGGGAGCUAACUACAGAAAUUUCUGAGGAAUCAUCCACCCAGUACCUUCAUAUCACAGAAGCUGAAGAAGAUGUUCAAGGAACUCAGGCAGCUGUAGCCGCUCUACAGGACCUCAGAUAUACCUCAGAGAAUGGUGAAAGACUUGAUCCCACGGCUGUGAAUAUCCUUCAGCAAAUUAUUGAGCUGGGAACAGAGACCCAUGAUGCUGCUGCUGUUGCCUCUGUGGUUGCCAUGGCACCAGGAACGGUGACAGUUGUGAAACAGGUGACUGAGGAGGAGCAGAGUGCCAACCAUACUGUAAUGAUCCAGGAGACCCUACAGCAAGCCUCAGUGGAGCUGGCUGAGCAGCACCACUUGGUUGUGUCUUCUGAUGAUGUAGAAGGAAUCGAGACGGUGACUGUCUACACCCAAGGAGGAGAGGCCUCUGAGUUCAUCGUUUAUGUGCAGGAGGCCUUGCAGCCAGUUGAAGAACAGACUGUGGAGCAGUCAGCCCAGGACAUCUAGAGAACCAGAGGCUUAUAAGUUUAGGGCCAUUUGAGUCCUCUCAUUUUACAGAGGAGGAAACCUAGAAGUUUAGAGAGGUAACAAACCAACAACCACAUCACAGUGCCUCUAGUGUGUGUCCCUGGUGGAAGUAGAUACAGAAACUUGCCCAGCACUUGCAAAAUUUUCCAAUUCCUCCUCCCAUCCUGCACCAGCAUUUCUUACUACUAGGAGCUAGUCUGACUGUUGAUGAAUUACUGAUCUGUCUAGCUCUCUAGGCAGCUACUUACCCCUCAUCUUCCCAGCCUUCUAUAGCUUGCUUCUAGAAAGACUUUUGCACAGUAUCCAUCUCCCCUCCGUGCCACACACUGAAAAAAAGAAAAUGUCCAUUUUUUUUGCUAUAAGAUGUAUUUUAAGAGAAAACUUUCAACCCUGGUCAGAACCUGCCCUAAAUCUCCAAAUAAAUCCUUAGCCAGAUAGUAGAUCCCUGAGUAAUAUGCCCAUUUUCUCUCCAGAGUUAUCAAAGAGAAGAUUCUCCUGUGGAAGAUAAACCACAAUAUUAAGAUAAAGUGGCCUUAUGGACAGAAGAUGAAUUUUGAAGAGCCUCAUUGAGUGGGAGGGGUAAUGGGGUGAGGGAGGGAGUGGUUUCUAGCUUUUUACUUACUAUCUUAUCCGUAAAGCUUGAGCUCAGCUCGAGCAGAUCGGACAUUUUUAGCAAGUAAACAGAGCACAGAAGAGAAUUAGUCAACCUUUCAUGCCAACAAGUGUUUUUCCAUUGCUUCUUCUUGGAAUUAUUUUGCUUUUUCCUUCUCUCUCCCUUCUUUUACAUGCACCUUUAGAGCCACUGGCUAAUAGCAGCAGUGGUGGUGAGAGGGAUAAGUCAGGAAGGGAAUGUAAUUGGAUAAAUAACUAUCUGGGUAUUUUCCUGUUUCUCAUUUAAAUCAUGGUAGCUUCAGUUUUAUAUUUUAUGAUCCCAGUCUUAGAUUUUAGCAUCAAAUGCAAAUGGUACUUGUCCAUGUCCCAGAUACUUGAAAAGCAAUUCUCAAUUAUUUUAUUCCCAUUAAACUAAUUCAGAUUUGUACAGUUUUUUUAGGUUUAUAACUUUUUCCUUCUAGUUCCUUGUGCCAGGUACAUUAUUUGCUACCUCCAGAGGAAUGAAAUGCACCUUUCUUUAAUGUUUUAUUUGAAAGCAACAAUAAAUUGACCAUAC